UCGUUUGAACACCAUUUUGUGUUGCGUAAAACAGAAACACAUUUGCAACCGAAAAGUGCGGUUGAUUUAUUUGUACAGGCAACUGUAUUAUUAUAUAAAAUGGAGCUGAAAUCAGAUAAAACGCCAAGAUAUCCUAAUAGCACCCGCAAGAAGGCAGUGUUAUAUUUUAAGGAAUAUUGUGAUUACACUGGGAUACAUGGAUUUAGAUAUAUUGCCGAGGACAGGACAUUAUGUGAAAGAAUAUGGUGGAUAAUAUCGUUAGUCCUUUCCGGGAUAUUUUGUGGACUGAUGAUUUACCAGAUCCUACAAAAAUACCUUAAUUAUCCCGUUAUCGUAACAUUUUCCAUGCAGGAGGUCCACAUGAACGAGAUACCAUUUCCUGCUGUUACCAUUUGUCCAAGAACGAAAAUAUCUCAGAAAUAUUUCAAUAUCACUGACGCAACAAUAAAAAAAAUUAAUAACCAAAGUUUUAGUGGAGAGACGGAGAGAAUGUAUAAUCUAGCCUCAACAAUUUGUGACUUCUACUGUACAGAGGAUAGCAAUAACGGUACAAGUUAUGAUGACUUUUACAAAUUUUUAAGAUCGGGUGAAACGAAUAUUUUCCUAUACUGUUCAUAUACAGGAUUAGGUCUCGACUGCGAUAGUGAAUUUACACGUAUUUUAACAGAAGAGGGUAACUGUUACUCAUUCAAUAUAAUGGACAAAAAUGAUAUAUUUCGGGAUAACCUAUAUAAUUCCACAUAUUACAAUGAAGCACCCAGUAGAGCAGACUGGAACAUUGAGGAGGGCUAUAUCAAUCCAAAAAAUGUUGAUGCGUAUCCACUCAGGGCGUUUCGAUCAGGGGCCAAAAAUGGAUUAUUCGUUGUUUUGAAAACUAAACGUGAGGAUAUCGAAUAUGACUGUUCCAGCGAUGAAAACGGUUAUAGGGUGGCUGUUCAUUUGCCGUCUAAGAUUCCAGAUAUUUCAGACUCUUACAUCACUGUUCCGUUCAAUCAGAGAGUCAGUGGACAGAUAGUUCCACAUUUAAUCAGGACAUCAUCAGAUGUUAAAAUGUUCGAUCCAAUUCAAAGAGACUGCUACUUUCAGUCCGAAAGGUUACUUAAGUUUUUUAAAAUCUAUAGCCAAGAGAACUGCCUGAUCGAAUGCAAAACAGAAUUUAUGUUAAAUGAGUGUGGCUGUGUAGGAUUCUAUAUGCCGCGAUAUAACGAUACGCCAGUGUGCAUUUUGGAACGUGUUGAUUGUAUGGAGAAUAUUGAAGCAAAUUUUACUAUGCUUACUAUGAACUUGCAGCUGUUCGCUUAUAAAGGAAAAGAGCCAGUAGUAAAUUGCGACUGUUUACCUAGUUGUACCGACUUAACUUACAGUUUGGAGAUUUCCCAAAGUAAUUUUGUGUAUAGACCUCAUGACACAGCUUUUCAGUUGGAUGAAGAUUACGAGUAUUCUAUUCUGAAUUUGUACUUUAAGAGGAAUCACAUAGAGACGAAAGAAAGGAAUGAACUUUAUGGAUUUUCAGAUUUUAUUUCUAAUUUUGGUGGACUCCUGGGUUUAUUCACUGGAUUCUCUAUGCUUUCUUUUAUAGAAAUCAUAUAUUUCUUAUCCUUGAGAAUAUGGGGUAAUAUUAAAAUGUACAAGAACUGGAGCGGCAAAAAUAAAUAAUAUUAUUAU